AUUUGUAUUGCGCAGGCGCAAUCGCAUCCUCCACAGCUGUGAGCCCGGGCGCGCGCCUUUCUGGACAUGCCCCCUUGCUGAGAGAGUGUGGGAGCGCGCCUUCAGGUUUUUUUUUUCAUUCGGCGCGCGUUCCCGCGCUCGCCUUUCCUCGCUCUCCCUCCGCAGUGUAGCGGGGCUCCUAGGAGGAGAAUGUGUUGAGAAAAACAUGGCGGAGCUGCAGAUGCUGCUGGAGGAGGAGAUCCCCGGCGGCCGGCGGGCCCUGCUCGACAGUUAUACCAAUUUGGAAAGGGUGGCCGACUACUGCGAAAACAACUACAUUCAGUCUGCAGAUAAGCAAAGAGCCCUUGAAGAAACCAAAGCCUAUACAACACAGUCCCUAGCUAGUGUUGCUUAUCUCAUUAACACCUUAGCCAACAAUGUCCUUCAGAUGCUCGAUAUUCAGGCUUCUCAGCUCAGAAGGAUGGAAUCCUCUAUCAAUCAUAUAUCACAGACAGUGGAUAUUCAUAAAGAAAAGGUUGCAAGAAGAGAGAUUGGAAUCUUGACAACUAACAAAAACACUUCUAGGACGCACAAAAUAAUUGCUCCAGCCAAUUUGGAAAGACCAGUCCGUUACAUUCGAAAACCUAUUGACUAUACAAUUCUUGAUGACACUGGACAUGGGGUGAAGUGGUUGCUUAGAUUUAAGGUCAGUACACAGAACAUGAAGAUGGGUGGUUUGCCACGUACCACCCCACCAACCCAGAAGCCCCCUAGUCCACCAGUGGCCGGAAAAGGAACUCUUGGGCGACACUCACCCUAUCGCACACUGGAGCCUGUGCGUCCCCCUGUCGUUCCAAAUGACUAUGUUCCCAGCCCCACACGUAACAUGGCUCCCUCACAGCAACAGAGCCCUGUUAGAACAGCUUCAGUCAACCAGAGGAACCGCACAUACAGCAGCAGUGGCAGUAGUGGUGGAAGUCAUCCCAGUAGUCGGAGCAGCAGUCGGGAGAACAGUGGAAGUGGUAGUGUUGGUGUCCCGAUUGCUGUCCCUACUCCUUCUCCUCCCAGUGUCUUUCCAGCCCCUGCUGGCUUGGCUGGCACUCCUCCCAUCCCUGUUACCUCCACACCUGCCCCUGUCCCUCAUGCCCCUGCUACUGCCCCUCCCUCCUCAACUAUCCCAGAUGCUGCUGCAGGAGCUCAACCCCCUGCUGAUGGUUUCACCUCUCCAACUCCCCCUGCUGUUUCCUCUGCUCCUCCUUCAGGUAACCCCGCUCAGUUUUACAGUAUGAACAGACCAGUGUCACGGCACACUCCACCAACAAUAGGAGGUUCUCUUCCAUAUCGUCGUCCUCCAUCUAUGACCUCGCAGCCAAACCUUCAAAAUCAGAUGAAUGGAGGGCCCUUUUAUAGCCAAAAUCCAGAUAGACCACCUGUUCUUUUCUGUGGAAUGCUUGUCAGACUGGUAAACAAAAGGGACAUGAAGCAGCUACCAAUUGCAAGAAAUGUGAGGGUGAAAAAAGUGCUAGUAUCACAUGCUCCUCCUCCCCCUUCUAUACUACAGGUAACUCCACAGUUACCUCUGAUGGGAUUUGUGGCAAGAGUUCAAGAAAACAUUUCAGAAACUCCACCUCCACCACCUCCUGCAGAAGAACCAGUAUUUGAUGAAUCUCCUCCCCCACCUCCACCUCCAGAAGAUUAUGAAGAGGAAGAAGCUGCAGUAGUAGAGUACAGUGACCCAUAUGCUGAAGAAGAUCCUCCUUGGGCACCUAGAAACUACUUAGAGAAAGUUGUGGCAAUUUAUGAUUAUUCAAAGGACAAAGAAGACGAGCUGUCCUUUCAAGAAGGCGCUAUCAUAUAUGUCAUUAAGAAAAAUGAUGAUGGCUGGUACGAGGGUGUCAUGAAUGGUGUGACGGGUCUUUUCCCAGGCAACUACGUGGAGUCAAUCAUGCACUAUUCUGAGUGAUGACAGGACCCUGCAAAACAGUCCCUUCUCCUACCUGAACCAUUGGGGCUUCCCAGAUUUACAUGAGCCCCUGGGGGGCCACAUUUAUAAACUGAAAGAGAAUAUUGUCAUUUGAACAAUUUACGUUUUGCUCAUUUUUUGUUUCUUAUUAAAAGAAAUAGUAAUACAAGUUGUUUGAACAAAAGUGAUCUUCCGGCUGCUGAAGGGCAGUUUUGGGUUAUUGAAAUGUGUUGGUUGGACUGAAGAUGUCUUAAAUCUACAAAAGGGUCUAUGACAUUACAUUUAUGAGCCCUACUUCACCCUUAUCCCUGUCUACCUGAUGGUCACAAAUAUCCAACUAGCCUAAAAGUAUUUGAUUUGUACCAGUUUCUUCCAGUGUCGCAUAUGUAAUGAGUUGAUCCUUCUUGCAGUUUGCCAGAUCUUGUAAACUGUUCCAGGGCUGCACUAGAAGCAGAUUGAUGGUAUCUGAUAUCAAACCUUAGCUGAAGAUGGAUCUUUAUCUGUUGAUUCUGCAGAUUGAGGUCUGUUUUGUUUACUGUGUAAAGCACCAAAGAAACCUUUUUAAGAAGAAGUACAGAGAAACUGUCCAGAACAUCCAUACAGGAAGAAUAUGCACAGCUAUAGUAGUGUAGAAGUACAAUAAAGAAAGUUUAUACUGUUAUGGUAAACCUACCAAACAGCCUUCAGUGUUCAAUGCAACUGUUAACAAAAUGCUUAGUAUACGAUUUAUU